CUAAGCAAUACAUAGGGCUAGCUGCCUCAGGAAGAUAUAAAGACAUUCUCUAGCUCGCUCGUACCGCGAUUUUGGCUGAUAGGUCAUUCUUGCUCGCUUGGUAUCCGAUUUAACCCGAGCGGUGCUGCUGCAUAACAACGGGCCGACAAGAUGUUGUUCUACCUCGAUGAUCUUCCCGUAUUGUUCCCGUAUGACCGGCUCUACCCAGAACAAUACCAGUAUAUGAGCGAUUUGAAGAAGACGCUCGAUGCUGGUGGCCACUGCGUUCUGGAGAUGCCCUCGGGUACCGGAAAGACAGUCUCCCUGCUCAGUCUGAUCGUCUCGUACCAACAGUUCUACGCAAGAGAUAGGAAGCUCAUCUACUGCUCACGAACCGUCCCGGAAAUCGAGAAAGCGCUGGCAGAGUUGAAACGACUCAUGGUCUAUCGAGAGGAGAUGGGAGCCAAAGACGAAGGGUUCCGCGGUUUGGGUUUGACCAGUCGACGGAACCUGUGCUUACACCCUGAAGUCAGCAAGGAAAAGAAGGGCAAGAUCGUUGACGCGAGGUGUCGAGAUUUGACGAGUGCCUUUGCGUGCGAGAAAGGCAGAGCGGAUCCCGGGAGCGUGGAGUUGUGCAGCUUUCAUGAGGAACUCAACAACUACGAGACGGGGAAUCUGAUACCUCCCGGAAUCUUUACGCUCGAGGAUGUCAAGAAAUAUGGAAAGGAAAAGGGAGUCUGUCCUUAUUUCACGAUCCGACGCAUGCUACCGCACUGCGAUGUGAUCAUUUACUCUUUCCACUACUUGCUAGACCCCAAGAUCGCAGACCAGGUCUCCAAGGAGAUGAGCAAGGAUAGCAUUGUCGUCUUUGACGAAGCGCACAACAUUGACAACGUCUGCAUCGAGUCUCUCUCUAUCGACCUGACAAGACCGAUGUUGGAUUCGGCAGCGCGGAGUUGUGUCAAGUUGGAGAACAAGAUCGAGGAGAUCAAGCGGACGGAUGCGACCAAGCUGCAAGAUGAAUAUUCAAAACUGGUGGCAGGGCUACAGGAUGCCAAUGAGGGCCGGGAGGAAGACGAUAUGCUGGCAAAUCCGGUGUUAUCGGAGGAUAUGGUUCAGGAGGCUGUUCCCGGAAACAUCAGAAAGGCCGAGCACUUUGUCGCGUUUUUGAAACGGUUCGUGGAAUACAUGAAGACCCGGAUGCGAGUCCUGCAUGUCGUCGCAGAAACACCACAGUCUUUCCUACAACAUUUGAAGGACAUCACCUACAUCGAGAAGAGGCCGCUCAGGUUCUGCGCGGAACGCCUUACCUCGCUGGUCCGCACGCUGGAACUAACCCAGAUCGACGAAUAUCAUGCGUUGCAAAAGCUAGCGCAAUUUGCCACUCUGGUUGCCACAUACGAGAAGGGCUUCCUGUUGAUCUUGGAACCGUAUGAGACAGAGGCAGCGACAGUACCAAAUCCAAUUUUCCACUUCACGUGUCUCGACCCUUCACUCGCUAUGAGCCCGGUCUUCGAGAGGUUCAGUAGCGUCGUCAUCACCUCGGGGACAAUCUCGCCGUUGGAUAUGUAUCCCAAGAUCCUUCAAUUCCAGCCUGUGGUACAAGAGAGUUAUCCCAUGACGCUCACACGGAACGCUUUCUUGCCUAUGGUCAUCACACGAGGCAGUGAUCAAGUCGCGAUCAGCUCUCGAUUCGAAGUCCGAAACGAUCCAGCGGUCGUUCGAAAUUUCGGCAGUAUCCUCAUCGACAUGUGCAAGGCCGUGCCAGAUGGCGUGGUGGCUUUCUUUCCCAGUUAUCUGUACAUGGAGUCCAUCGUAGCUGCUUGGAACGAUAUGGGGAUCUUGAACGAGGUCUGGAAGAACAAGCUUAUCUUUGUGGAGACACCAGAUGCGGCCGAGACGAGUAUCGCUCUUGACAACUAUCGAAAAGCAUGUAACAACGGUCGAGGAGCGGUCCUUCUGUCUGUCGCACGAGGAAAGGUCUCUGAAGGGAUCGAUUUCGACCAUAACUAUGGUCGUGCAGUUAUCAUGUUCGGUAUACCUUAUCAGUAUACCGAGAGUCGAAUCCUCAAAGCAAGACUCGAAUUCCUGCGAGAUAACCAUAGAAUCAAGGAGAACGAUUAUCUGACAUUCGACGCCAUGCGACAUGCGGCUCAGUGUGUCGGUAGAGUACUGCGAGGAAAGACGGAUUGGGGUUUGAUGGUGUUUGCAGACAAGCGUUUCGCUCGUGCAGACAAGCGGGCCAAGUUGCCCAAGUGGAUCAACCAAUACAUCACCGAGGCCCAUUCGAAUUUGUCGACCGAUAUGGCUACCGUCCUGGCAAAGCUAUUCAUCCGGUCCAUCUCGCAACCUUUCGACCACACGCAAACCGGAAUAUCAUUGUGGACGAUAGAAGACAUCGAGAACAGGCAGAGAAAGGAGAAGGAGGAAGAGGCGAGGUUCAUGCUCGAGAUGGACGGCAUGGCUGACAAGCCAAAGAAGCAAGACGACAAGGAUCAGCCGAUGUUUGAAGGCGAAGAAGAAGACGACUAUGCGCUUAUGGGGAUCGAUGACGCCGAUUUGAUGGACGUGCCGAUGGAGCUGUCCUAGGUUAUGCGCGGGAAGAGAAGAAGGAAGUCCAAUCAGGCAUAGAUAUAAUAAAUGUUUGAGAGCGACAUGAUCGUACCCCUGUAUCACUGUAUUCAUAGUCCCGGGCGAAUUGUAGUAACGCUAUCCAAUUCGAUAUUGCCACCUC